UAAGUCUUCUUCGCCUGGAAAAUUUACAGCCCCUUAUUCACGCAUUGAUUUGCUCUCUUUCCUUGAUAAUAAGGUACUCAUUGCUUAGCAACCUUUUAUCCCUAUUUAUAGCUGAACCCUUCAGCCCUUAUUUUUAUACUUACUACAAACAUCAGUACUCAGUUGUAUCCAUGAGGAAAGCUAGCUCUUUUCUUCUUUCUUUUGUCUUGCAAUUACUCUGCUUCUUAGUGGCAUGCAUUGCCACAAACAUAAGCACUGAUCAAUCUACUCUUCUUGCCUUCAAAGCCAGAGUAGUUACUCUAAACUCUUCUCAUCCCUUAUCCCUAAAUUGGUCUUCUCAAGCUCCUGUUUGUGAUUGGAUUGGAGUCACUUGCGGCUCUCGCCACCAUAGGGUGACUGCAAUAAAUGUAUCCGACAUGGACAUUCAUGGGUCCAUUCCGCCACAGUUGGGAAACCUCUCGUUUCUUGUUUCUCUCGAUUUGAGCAGAAACAAUUUAUAUGGAGCCCUCCCUCAAGAUUUGUCUCGUUUACGUGGAUUGAAAGUGAUGGAUCUCGGGUACAAUAAUUUCAGUGGAGAGAUUCCGAUGUGGUUUGGUUUCUUUUCUGAGCUUCAGAUGUUAAUUCUUGAUAACAAUAGUUUCACGGGUAUACCUCAUGCUUCUAUUUCUAACCUAUCCAAGUUAGAAACUCUCAGUGUUAAAUACAAUCAUCUCCAAGGCAAUUUUCCUAAGGAUAUUGGCAACCUUCAGAGUCUAAAGGAGUUGAAUUUGUUCAGAAACCAACUUACUGGCUCUAUUCCAUUCUCCAUUUUCAACCUUUCCUCAUUGGAGACUUUAAAUCUCACAUAUAAUCAAUUAUCUGGGCGUCUUCCUGUAGAUAUAUGCCGCCAUCUUCUAAGAAUCAAGAGCAUUGCAAUAAUUUCCAACCUUUUGAUUGGUCACAUUCCAGCUGGUUUGUCUAACUGCACGGAACUGUAUGAAUUGAGAUUGUCAUACAAUAAGUUCAGUGGGACCAUUCCACCAGAAAUAGUAAACUUGGAGAGGCUUGAGUUCUUAAGCCUUGGGGGAAACAACUUGCAAGGUGUUAUACCUAGAGAGAUGGGGAAUCUUUACAAAUUGGAGAUACUAUCUUUGAGCAAUAAUAAAUUAAGUGGUUCCAUACCGAAAGAGAUAGGGAAUCUUUACAAAUUGGAGAUAUUAUCUAUGAGCGAUAAUAAAUUAAGUGGUUCCAUACCGGAAGAGAUGGGGAAUCUUUACAAAUUGGAGAUACUAUUUAUGAGCAAUAAUAAAUUAAGUGGUUCCAUACCGAAAGAGAUGGGGAAUCUUUACAAAUUGGAGAUACUAUCUAUGAGCAAUAAUAAAUUAAGUGGUUCCAUACCGAAAGAGCUCUUCAAUAUCUCUACGCUAAGAGUGAUGGCACUUCCUUUCAAUAACCUUUCGGGUAGUCUUCCAUCUAUUCCAGGCUACUGGCCAACAAACCUAGAGUAUUUGCAUCUUGGUGUAAACAACAUUGGUGGAGUUAUACCCAGCUCAAUCUCCAAUUCCUCAAAUCUAAAGGAAUUAGAUCUCGGUGAUAACAGAUUGAGUGGCAAAAUUCCUAACUCGUUGGCGGAUUUGAGACAGCUUGAAUAUCUGGGUUUGUUCAAUAAUAACUUAUCGUCUCCGCAUCUAAGUAUCUUAACUUCAUUGGUGAACUGCAGAUCUUUAACAGUUAUAGCAUUAGCGGAUAAUCCUCUGAAUGGUGUUCUUCCAGAUUCCAUUGGUAAUCUCUCCACUUCUCUUGAACUGUUUUAUUUAUAUCGUUGUGAAAUUAGGGGCCAGAUGUCGUUAGGAAUUGGGAAUUUAAGUAACUUAAUCACUUUGUCCCUAUACGACAAUGAAUUGACGAGAUCAGUGCCAAGAACAUUAUGUAAUUUACAUAAUCUUCAAAUUUUAAGUCUUGAUGAUAAUAGGUUAAGUGGACCCUUGCCGGAGUGCCUUUGCAAAUUGCCGGAGUUGGGCCUUGUUAAUUUGUCAUCUAAUCAAAUUUUGGGUCAGAUACCGUAUUGCAUCGGUAACAUUACCUCUUUGAGAGAGAUUUAUCUAAAUUCAAAUAGGCUCACUAACAUACCCAUGAGUCUGUGGAGCCUCAAAGAUCUUUUGGAGCUUAACUUGUCAAAUAAUUCUUUGGUUGGUUCUUUGCCUCCUGAUUUCGGUAACUUGAAUCACAUAACAUUCAUAGAUCUGUCAAGGAAUCACCUUUCAGGAAGUAUUCCCUCCACAAUUGGGGACUUGCAGUAUCUAGCUUAUCUUUCUUUGGCUUAUAAUGAGUUGCAAGGAUCUAUUCCGGAGUCACUAGGGAAAAUGAUAAGUUUGGAAUCAGCGAAUCUAUCCAAUAACAUUCUUUCAGGUACGAUUCCAAAAUCAUUAGAGGCACUUCGAUAUCUGAAGGAUUUCAAUGUAUCAUUCAAUAGAUUAGAAGGGGAAAUCCCAAGUAAAGGACCUUUUCUUAAUUUCACCUCUCAAUCUUUUAUGGGAAAUGAAGAGUUAUGCGGCGAUUUGCUUUUGCGGCCUUGUAUGACUAGGUCUUUUCAUCAGUCAAGAAGAAGCAAAUUGCUACUGAUUAUACUUGUCCCAUUGGGAGCUUCCCUGAUGGCACUUGCCUCAAUUGUUGUGUUUAUGUUAAGGAGACGUGGGAAUAGAAAUGUUCCAACUCAAGCCGAAUCCUUACCUGCAAGAACAACACUAGCAAGGAUUUCAUACAUUGAAGUUGAAAGGGCAACGCAAGGGUUCGACCAAUGAAACUUGCU